CCUUAUGUGACGCACGGGCUUAACGCCCCCAUUGGCCGCGAGCUAUUUGUGGGAUCACGCAUGUAUCAGGCAUGGGCGCCAGCCGCAGGACCACGCUUGCGGCUUGCUGCUCUCGCCGCGGUGGCCACUGCCUGGCCGCAGGACACGCCCAGCUGGCCCAAGUUUCCUGGGCGCAAGGUUCAGGUGCUCAACGGCACGUGGCAGUUUGCCUUUCUGGGCGAUGUGCCUUUGAGCGCCGGCAUCGAAGUUGCGGACGUGGCCACAGAUGCGGUGGAAGUGCCCGAUGCCUUCGACAUGCGCCCAGAGGUGCCUCGCUGUGGCUGCUGGCCCGAGGCCGAGGCCUGCGAGCUGUGCUGCGGCCGCGGCUUCGGCACCUUUGGCAGCUCUCAGUGCUGGCAGGCGCUGCCGGAGGAGGACAGGACCGCGGGCUUCGAGCAGUGCUGCGGCCCCAGCCCCUUGAGAUAUCGCCGGGGGGUGGCCCUCUACCGCAGCUUCGUGCAGGUGCCAGCAAAAAGUUCUGGUCUGCUGCUCUUCGGUGCCUGCACUUUGCGGUGCUUGGUGGCCGUCGACGGGGUCUUCUUGGCGGACCAUUCCGGGCUCUCCGCCUUCAAUGUGCCGGUGCCCGCGUCGGAGUCCACGCUUCGCACUGUCACGGUGCUGGUGGACAACCGCUUCAACCAGGUGACCCACCCAGUACACCAACUCAAGUAUGAUUGGUACCAAGCAGGCGGCUUGAUCCGGGCCGUUCAGUUCCACAGCCUCCGUGGCCUGGUCUACUUGCAGGCGGUGGAGGUGUUCCCAAGGAGCGCUGCGGAGGUCGAGGUGGAUUUUAGACUCUCUGUGGCCGCCGAAAACGUGCAAGGUUUGCACUUCAGGUGGCGCUUCGAUGAUACGGCAGAAGGUUGCUCGUGGCAGCAGUGGCCCACGGUGAGUUGUUGCUCGAGCAACACCUCAGUGCCGGACGCGAAGCUUUGGACGCCCCAGCAGCCACACUUGCACCGCCUCAAGGUGGCGCUGCUGCUGGGUGAGGAGCUUUUGGACUGCCAGGAGGUGCGCUUCGGCCUGAGGACUCUGGAGGCCAAGGGCCGGGAGAUCCGGCUCAAUGGCCAGAAGCUGUCGCUCUUUGGCCUCAACCGGCAUGACCUGUGGUCGAGCGCGGUCCUCACACAGGAACAACUGGUUCAGGACGUGCAGCUCUUAAAGAACCUCGGCGCCAACUUUGUGCGCGGUGCGCACUACGCGCAGGACCAGCGGUUCCUGGACUUGUGCGAUGAGCAGGGGCUUUUGGUCUGGGAGGAAGUGCUGGGCUGGCAGAACACGCCGCAGGACUUCGCGGACGGGAUUUUUAUGAUGCAGAGCUUGAAGCUGGCAGAUGAGAUGGUCGCUGCAUCCGUGAACCACCCGUCCGUGAUUUUCUUCGGCUUCUUCAAUGAAGGCCGUUCCGACGACCCGAGCCCCGCCACGGAGGCGGCGUAUCACAGCAUGUCCCAGCGGCUCCGCGAGCGAUCCAAGUCCAGCCGGCUCAUCAGCUGGGGCUCCAACGCAGCGGCCAACGACCGGUACUUGCACUAUGCGGAUGUGUGCUCCUUCCACGCGUACCCAGCGUGGUACCCCAGUGACGCCCCCGGCAACCUCGAGGAGGUCAAAGGGAUACCGCUGAUUUGGGAGGCCUACGGCCGCUAUGUGGCAGAGCUCUUUCCAGAGAAGCCGUUGCUCAUCACCGAGGCCGGCGCUGGGGGGCUCUACGGACACCACGGGCCAAGUGAAGAGAAGUGGAGCGAGGAGUACCAGAGCCUUUUGAUGCAGAUGCACUACCUCUCCAUCUUCACGAACCCCUCGAUCGCGGGCCUGGCCUUGUGGCAGUUCGCCGACGUGCCCAUCGACCGCCAAACCUCCUCGGAGGAGCAUCGGCCCAGGGGGCUCAACAACAAAGGCGUGCUGAGCCUCAGCCGCCAGCCCAAGCUCGCCUUCCAGGCGCUGCGCCUGCUGCGCAACCGCAAGGAGGGCGAAUACUUUGGUCUUAUUCUGCCUCCGGAGGACUCGGAGCGCCUCACAGGCCUCUUCAAGGUGUGAUGCGGAGAA